AUGAUGUCAUUAUUAAUGACUGGAAUUGCAAUAGGAAUAGUUUAUGCUGUUAACCCUGAUACUAAUAAAGUAAUAUUUCCAGGUUGGGAGAAUAUAGUUUUAAUUCUUAUUCAGGAUAUCUGCAAAUAGGAGCAGGAUUAAGGUAUAUUCAAUUAAAAUGUAGAUAAUUGA